AAAACCCCAAAGGAAUUUAUGGAAAUCAGCAGCAUAAUGCGAACAGAACAAAAAUGUUGUCAAUUGGGCAGAAAAUUUCCAAGUUCUUGAAACCGAUGGGUGGUAAUUUUUACACUAUUCGCUUGGGAAUGACCAUUAGGAGUCGUCCUAACGAGUCCUGCUUCGAAAUACCAUCUAAAGGGCUUGUUCUGGGAAUUUAUGCAGACGAAGAUGAUCUGUAUGAUCCGGGAAAAUUGACACAGGCUGCUCAAAAGUACAAUACCAGGUUUGCAAAUGGAAGAUUGUUGGAGCUAUUGAAAAUUUCUGGGCCCUGUCCUCGGCGUGGUGAAUCCAGAACAUUCUUUAACAUUGAUCCAUUUUAUGCAAGAGUAGUUGUCGCUGGUUUGGGCCAUGAGUGCUUGGAUUACAGUGAGCAGGAAGUGUUGGAUGAAAGUAAAGAGGCCAUAAGGAUUGCUGCAGCAGUUGGAUGUCGAGAAUUGCAAAAACUCCAUACGGCAAAUGUGAGUGUUGAGAGUUUUGGGCAUGCAGAAUCUGCUGCAGAAGGAGCAGCUCUGGGAAUUUGGACUAAUCAUGAAUUUAGGAGCUUAACACAUACAUUUGAGCCUCAGAUUAAUCUCUAUGAGCUUGAAGGUGAAGAUACCGAUCGCAUUGGAUGGGAAAUUGGUUUACAGAAAGCAUCUGCUCAGAAUCUCACUCGCCAGUUGCAGGAUACACCUGCCAAUCUCCUGACACCAUCAAUGUUUGCCCAGAACAUUGUCAAUAUCCUGACGAGGUCAGGUGUUAAUGUUGAAGUCAAAGUGAAAAACUGGGCUGAAAGUCAUCAAAUGAGUUCUUAUCUUGCUAUCGCAAAAGGCUCAUGUGAGCCAGGUAUUUUUCUAGAACUCAGCUACUUCGGAACUCGUUGCGAUGAGCGUCCAAUUGUACUCAUAGGCCAGGGAACCACUUUUGACAGUGGAGGACUUUGCAGAAAAACUGCUCAUGAUCAAGAAUAUAGUCGCGGAGACAUGACUGGAGCAGCUGUAGUCGUUGCAACAUGCCGUGCAAUUGCAUCUAUGAAUCUUCCUGUUAAUAUUCGGGGACUUAUCCCUCUGUGUGAGCACAUCAUGGGUGCUAGUGCUAUGAAACCAGGCGAUGUGGUCAAAACGAUGAAUGGGAAGUGCAUAGAAAUUGCCGAUACGGAUGCAGAGGGCCCAUUGGUUAUUGUAGAUGCUCUGCUUUAUGCUAAAAAUUACUUCCCGCGUUUCGUAAUUGAUAUUGGAACAAUUUCCGGUGAGAUUUGCCAGACUUUUGGCAAUGAAGUUAGUACUGUCUUUACAAAUUCUGAAGAUUUAUGGGAACAAAUAAGAGAAGCAAGCGUUCAUACUGGAGAUCGUGUAUGGCGUUUACCACUCUGGGAAGUGUUCCAGAAGAAAUUAAAAAUCUUUCCUCAUGUUGAUGUCACAAAUUUGGGUGUUGGAAGUGGAUACACGUGCAAAUCCGCUGCCUUACUCAGUGAAUUUGUCGAAAGCACUGAUUGGCUCCAUAUAGAUGCUUAUGGUGUCAUGCUGUCCACUGGAGACAGUGUACCGUAUCUUCAGGAAGGUAUGAGUGGACGUCCUACUAGGACUCUCAUCGAGAUGAUUGCGAAAUCUGUUGUAGAUCAGCAUAGGGAUAAAGACAAGUAAGAAAAUCUAUUGUUAAAAUGCAAAAUUAAAUAAUUUUGCACUUUGGAAAAAUCAUUUGUAAAAUUUUCUCUAAUUUAUUUGCUUUUUUUCUCAACCUAAAUACAAUGAACAAGUUUUUCUUAAU